UCAGAGAGGAGAGCAGAGAGGGGGCCAUCAUUCUGUGGCCAGGUGAAGAUGUGGACGUAUGUAAGAACAAAGUAAAGGACACCUGAGAAGGCAGGAGGAGAUGAAUGAGACUUUCCUACAAUCUGAGGUUGACCUGAGCAUUUGAGUCAAUAGCUUGAAUAACAGUUGCCCAAGAGUUUGUGAAACUUUUUUUUUGAACAUGGCAGCUACUUGGCGACUUUCACUUUUUCUGUUCAUGUUGCUGAUGGUGUCCAGAGGCCCGAGCCUGGCCAGUGAGGCUGGCACCACGGCGAGCAGUGAUCAUGGGGACACCUCAAACUCAGUCACCGGGAACGGGACGGACUCAGGCCAUGACACGACUGGAGACACUGGUCAUAAUGGCGGUCACGGGGGAGAGCCCAUCACCACCCUGCCAAUUGUGACCUGGAAGUGGGAGCACGUCUCCACCCCGUACCUGGUGGCCCUGUGGAUCCUGGUUAGCUGGCUCUGCAAACUUGUCAUUGAGGCCAACCACCAUGUGACCAAUGUGAUCCCAGAGAGCGCCCUGCUCAUCUGCUUUGGCUUCAUCCUGGGUGGGAUGAUUUGGGGUGCAGAUAAGGUACAGACAUUCAAACUGACCCCGACAGUGUUCUUCUUCUACCUGUUGCCUCAAAUCAUCCUUGACACCGGCUACUCCAUGCCAAAUAAGCUGUUCUUUAGCAACUUGGGGGGCAUCCUGGUCUACGCCAUCAUCGGGACUUGUUGGAAUGCUGCCAGCCUGGGUGUUUCGCUGUGGGGUUGUGACAAAGGAGGAGCAAUGGGUGACGUGGACAUCGGCCUGCUGCAGUAUCUUCUCUUUGGCAGUCUGAUUGCUGCUGUGGACCCCGUAGCCGUCAUUGCCGUGUUUGAGCAAGUCCAUGUCAACGAGGUCCUCUUCAUCAUGGUGUUUGGAGAGUCGCUGCUCAACGACGGCGUGACAGUGGUGCUCUUCAAUGUAUUUGAUGCAUUUGUGUCACUGGGAGGAUCCAAAAUUGACGCUGCGGAGAUCAUCAAAGGAAUAGUUUCUUUCUUUGUGGUGGCGUUUGGUGGCUCCCUCUUGGGCUUUGUAUUUGGCAUUCUGAUCUCUCUUCUGACCAGAUGCACUAAAAACAUCCAAAUCAUUGAGCCCGGCUUCGUGUUUGUCCUGGGAUAUUUGUCCUACCUGACCGCUGAGAUGCUCUCCCUGUCAGCCAUCCUCUCGAUUGUCUUCUGUGGUAUAUGCUGCCAGAAGUACAUUAAUUCAAACAUGGAUGAGAAGUCUGUCAGCACAGUCAGAUAUGCCAUGAAGGUUCUCGCCAACGGAUCAGAAACCAUCAUCUUUGUCUUCCUCGGCAUCUCGGCCAUUGACAAGUCAAUCUGGGUGUGGAACACAGGCUUCAUCCUCCUCACGCUAUUCUUCAUCUUUGUGUAUAGAAUCAUUGGUGUCUUUGCCCUCACCUGGAUCCUGAACAAGUACAGGCUGGUGCCCAUCGGGUUCAUAGAUCAGGUGAUUCUGAGCUACGGUGGCCUGCGAGGGGCUGUUGCAUAUGGCCUGGCUGUGAUGCUGGAUGAGAACAAGAUAAAGGAGAAGAAUCUGAUGGUCAGCACGACUCUCAUCGUCGUGUACUUCACCGUCAUUCUGCAGGGAAUAACGAUGAAACCUCUGGUCACGUGGCUUAAAGUAAAGAGAGCUACAGAGUCUGAGCUCACACUCAUAGAAAAAGUGCAGAACAAGGUGUUUGAUCACUCGCUUGUUGCCAUAGAAGACAUAUCUGGACAAAUAGGACACAACUACAUGAGGGACAAGUGGAAUAAUUUUGAGGAGAAAUGGAUGUCAAAGUUUUUGCUGAAGCCGUCAGCGAGGAAGAACCGUGACUAUGUCUUCAACGUCUUCCAUCAGCUGAACCUCAAGGAUGCUAUGAGCUACGUGGCUGAGGGUGAACGCAGAGGCUCUCUGGAGUUUAUCCGCAACGAAACUGCAUUCGUUGACUUCAAGAAAAAGUUUGGGGACGAAUUCUCAGAGGUCAUGCCGGACAUCAUGCCUGACAUGUCAGACGAUCAUGGUGCGAUGUCCGUUGUGAGAAGAGACCCUGUGCCAUCGGUGAGCUUGGAGAUGCAUGAGCAGGGCAUGAAGGGAAUGAGGGGAAACGAGGACAUUAACACUCACCACCUGCUGCAGCAACAUCUGUAUAAGGGCAGGAAACAGCACCGGCACAGGUACAGUCGGAGCCAUUUCGAUGUCAACAAAGAUGAAAAUGAGGUGCAGGAGAUCUUCCAGAGGACCAUGAGGAAUCGUCUGGAGUCCUUUAAGUCUGCAAAGAUGGGCGUCGCUCCACCAAAGACAAUUACCAAAUACACAAAGAAAGACACACAGCAAAAGAUGCCAAAUGGAAAAUCACUGGACAAAAGUAGAAGCUACCAUUCUGGAGAUGAAGAUUUUGAGUUCUCAGAGGGAGACAGUGCCUGUGGCUAUGAUGCAUCAAGAAAUUCCUUCCCCAUGAGGCUCACCUACAGAGCAGGAGCUGGAAUUGAGAAUCCAGCCUUCAUGCCGGACAUAGACCCCAUGCCCCCAGUGCAGAUCCCUCCGUGGCUUGCGGAGGCCGAGCUCGACAGCAGCAUGGUUGCUCCUUCGCAGCGAGCCCAGGUGAGGCUGCCGUGGACGCCCAGCAACCUGCGGCGCCUGGCUCCGCUUCGCAUCAGCACUCACUCCACCGACUCCUUCAUGCUGGCCGAUGCUCCUGCCACGCAGCAGAGGGACAACGAGGACCUGCCUCCACCUCCAUCACCUCCUCCACCUUCUUAUAAUAGAGAUGGUGGCCACAUGUAGCAGCGUCCAAACCUCCACUUCGUCUCCCUUUAACGUGGCUGCCAGAGACACAGAGCCUAACCUCAAACUUUGCACCUUCUACUCUCAAAAUAUUGACUAGGGAAUGUUUUCUUUUCCGUGCCAUUGUUUAAUCUUAGCCUCACGGUUUCAGACCAAACAUUCACGAUCCCGUAACCUUUGUGCUCUUGGACCAAGCUUCUCUUGUUGCUCUAACGUCAUCCUUCACUGAGCAAAGCAAAGGUACAGGUACAGCGAGAGAUCCUGUAUGCACAGUGGCAUGUUAUUUACCAGCACAUGUUGAACAUUGUCAUAUUUUCUCCUCUGGUUCAUGGUAAACUUUAAAAUUGUAAAUCAGUCCUUGAGUAGGCUACCUUAUUACUGAAUGCGAUGCAAAAAUGUUUUUCAAGCAGUGUAGACAUUUAUAGAUUGUGUUGUUCGUAAAGAUAAUAAAAAGGGGUCUUUAAUUAUAGUGAUAUGAAAUCAAUUCCAACUCUGUAAUCAGAAUAUAAGUAUAGGUUUUUUCUGUGUGUUUUCUCAUGUGUCUCAGAACAGUACUUGAGGUUGGAUAUUAAAACUUGAAGAAUAAGACCACUGUAAAAAAAUGUGACUUGUAUGAUAAAGACAUUAUAUUUUUUCAGAAGUGAAGUUUGUAAUUUAUGGACAUGUCCACCAUCUCAAAUCUGGGCACAUGCCACCUGUUACAGACAUUUCAUGUAGCUCCAACAAAGAACACUUUAACUGACUGGGCAUGGUUUUGAACUGUAUGCAUUUUAAAAUAUGGAUUUGGAAAUAAACAUAAAGAAAAUCUGUG